UGCGCACGACGACGCGCCCCCCCCGUGUCGAACAGGGGCACUGCGCCUGCGCACCCUGCCGCAAUCCGGGGUGAUCGCUAGGGGUUCCCCGCGCCUGCGCGGAGAGGACCGCAGAAGCUGGCGCUCUAGGCCUGCGGUGUAUCUCCAUGAAUAACCUAAAUGACCCCCCAAAUUGGAAUAUUCGGCCUAAUUCCAGGGCUGAUGGGGGUGAAGGAAGCAGAUGGAAUUAUGCCUUGUUGGUGCCAAUGCUGGGAUUGGCUGCUUUUCGUUGGAUUUGGUCUAGGGAGUCCCAGAAAGAAAUAGAGAAGGAGAGAGAAGCAUACCACCGUAGGACAGCUGCUUUCCAGCGGGACCUCGAGGCCAAGUACCAUGUCAUGAUCUCUGAAAAUCGGCGUGCAGUUGCUCAGUUGUCUUUGGAACUUGAAAAGGAACAAAACAGGACAGCCAGCUACCGGGAAGCCCUCAUCUCUCAGGGGCGCAAGUUGGUAGAAGAAAAGAAGCUUCUGGAACAGGAACAGGCUCGGGUCAUGCGAGAAAAGAGACAGCUGCAGCCCUUGGGAAGUGCCUACCUGAGUUACCUGGAGAAGGAAGACGACUGGCAGAGAAGAGCCAGGCUUCUGCUGAAAGAGUUUGAAGAUGCUCUUACAGAACGGCAGAGCAUCUACUGCAGCCUGAUCGUCCCUCGCAGCAAGCGGCUGGGCAUAGAGAAGAGCUUGCUGGUCCGUGCGGCCUCUGACCCGGUUGCUGCCGACCUGGACAUGGCGACUGGCCUGGCCGACAUAUUUCAGCAUGAUACACACUGUGGUAAUGUCUGGAAUACCAACAGACGCCAGAAUGGGAGACUCAUGUGGCUGUACCUCAAAUAUUGGGAGCUGAUGGUCCAACUGAAGACGUUUAAGAGAGUAGAGAGGGCCCUACUGGAGAAGUGAGGUGAGAGCCAAUAUAAAGCUGCUUCUUGUGACUACAGGCCACUUGGGGGUGCCCCACGCUUUCCCUCCUUCUCCUGCCCUGCUGCCUAUGUUGUGGCCUUGUGUGCAUACAGCCCACCUGCCCUCUGAGCAGGACAUCAAGGCCUCAGGACACAGGGUGUCCCCUUGAUCUUCCUCUGCAGUUAAGGAUGCAGUUUCCCAGAAGUAUUUUUUAAGCCAUCAGAAUUUUACUGAGUGGAACAGUAUAAUGUCCUAUUUUAGCUCUAUGGUAAAUUGUUUUUAAGAAACUCAAUUACAGAUCUUCACUGUUAAAGUAAUAUUCUGUUUUUAUCACCCCCUAAAUUGUUUUCUCCUCAAAUUCUUUUUCUCUCUCCUAAAAUUACAUUUAGCAUUUGUCAGUAAUGGUUAAAACUGCCUAACAGAUGACAAUAGAAAGUGUCAAGGAUUUAUAUUGUUUUGAAGAGCUUUCCCUGCAAAGGGGGAAAAAACGUGUUUCUAGUAUUGAUACCCUAGUGUUUUUGGAAUUUGGCUUGUGUCUGUAUUCAAUAAGCAGAUAGUAUUUAUUAGCAGUGACAAUAAAAAAGCAUUGCCAUUUAAAAGUA